AUAAAUAUACAAAGAAAUGUCCGAAGAAUGGUCUACCAAAUAAAUUGACAAAUACAUCAUAGUCAACACAAAACUAGGAAACGGUGCCUUUGGUACUGUCUAUAGAGGUUUUAAGAAAAAUGAUGAAACGAAGUAAGUUGCUGUUAAAGCAAUUUCAAUAGCUGUAAUAAUUAAUAAAUUAUCAUCUAGAGUAUUAAGGAUUCUGCCAAGAUGGUGGAACAUAUAAAAAGAGAAAUUUCAAUCUUACAAUAAGCCAAUAAUCCUCACAUUGUUAAAUUGUAUGAUGUUGCUCGAACACCCCAUUAUUUGUAUCUAUUCUUGGAGUACUGUCAUGAUGGUGACUUAAAAAAGUAUUUAUCAACCAAAUAUGGGAGAAGGCUCAGCGAAGUAUUUCUCUUUCUAAUUGUUUAGGUUGAAGCAGUAAUUUUUUUGAAGCAUCUAGUUGAAGGAUUUAGAACACUUUACCAACUGAAAAUUAUUCAUAGAGAUAUCAAACCAGCCAAUAUAUUAUUGCAUAAAGGAGUUGCUAAAAUUACCGAUUUUGGCUUUGCAAGAGUCAUUGAUACUGGAAUGAACGGUAAUACAUAUAUCCAUUAAAUUAGAUCCCGCUUACUUUUCAAGAGUUGGAUCACCUCUUUAUAUGGCCCCAUAGAUACUUGAAGGUCAGCCAUUUUCAUCUAAAUGUGAUGUUUGGUCUAUGGGGAUUAUGUUGUUUGAGAUGUUGUAUGGCAAACCGCCUUGGGAUGGAGAUAACUAAUAUAGUCUAUUGCAGAACAUUAAGAAAACACCCUUAGUAAUCCCAGAAGCUCCAGUUAGAAGUGAUAAAAUAAAGCAAUUGUUAAGACAUAUGCUUGUUGUAUAAGAAAAGGUAUAUCGACUUUAAACUGUUCUUAGGAUAGAUUCUCAUGGGAAUAAAUCUUUCAUCAUGAAAUAAUUCAGAUCUAAGAGUCAUAAAUUAAAAAUAACUUAGAAUAAUUGAUGAAAGAAAAAGAUGAAUUAUCUCGCUCUGAAAGUCUAAACAAAUUAUAUAUGGAAAUGAAUUUAGUUGUGGGAUAUCUUGAUUAACCUGAUUAGAUCGUCUAAGAACCUUAAACUCCUUAAUCCACUUAAAGCAAUGAAGAAAAGCAAUCUAUUGAUGAUAUCAAUCAUGAAAAAGUAUUCAAUCUUUUGUUAUUAGGGAUUACAACUUAUUAACCAAUAUGACACUGAGCAAAAAAGACGCAAGGCUAUGUUGAAAUACAAUACAUAUUUUCUGUUUGAAAGAAACAUUGCAUUCUUCUUUAAUUAUGUCAUCCAAAAGAUUAUUAAGAUGUCACAUCUAGGAAUCUUGAAAUUGAAUUAAGAACUCUAUUAUACAACAAUAUUUUGUAUCUCCAAAAAUCAAAAUGUACAUCUCAAAAGAAUGUCUGAUUAAUUAAUGUCCAAGAACCCAGAAAAGUUUGAUAGAGAAACUUGGGGUAGAUAUUUAAUCAGUUAAGAAUAUAAAAAGAUAUUGACUGUUACUAAAAAUGAUAUUAAACAUACAGAAGACUUCUAUUUAGAAAUUUACAAGAAAGAAAAAUAAAUUAUUGAAAAAGAAUUAGCAUAACCAGAUAAUAAAAGAGCAUCAAAAAUUAAGUCAGUUUUAGAUGUUAAUUUUGAUUAAAAUGCUUCCUUUUAAUAAUUAUAUUAAUAAGUAGUGUAAGAAUGUUUAGAAAUUAUUAAAUCUAUUAUUAAGCAAACUAAAGAAACCGACCCUGUUUACAAGGAUUUAUUGUAAUUAGGAUGGUUUUUAGUUAUUUGUUUAAAUCCAUAUUUAGAAUUCAAAGACAUAAACAUGGAUUUUAAUUAGUUCUACGAAGAGAUGUAAACAUUAACAGAAGCUUAACUUCUUGAAAAAAUUGGUAAACGUUUAGAUUUAUGA